AUGGCUUCUUCACUCCAUUGCUCUGUUUCACUUCCUUCCUCAUUUCCAAAACUCUCUAACUUCAACACCACCAACAAAUUAUUUUCAUUCAACUCAUUAAACCCUAAUUCCAUUCAUUCUUCAUCAUCAUCCUUCUCCACAAUCAAAUCUUCCGUUUCCUCUUCGUCAUCCCCUUCCUCUCCAACAUCACUUGAAGAAACCGCUAUGAGCAUUGAUAACCUUCGCAGAUUCUUCAACCUCAAUAUCGGAAAAUGGAACGGUUCUUUCUACCAAUUUGAUGCUCGCGGGAAGCUGUUGCAACGAGUGAGUACUAAGCUUUCUGUUAGUUCUUAUGGAGAAGAUGAACUCAUGAGUCUCAUUCAAUCGUUGUAUAUUAAACAACCUUCAUCAAACACUUCAGUUUCUGGAGACAACGAUGAUGUGGACUGGGCAGAGUACAAAAUUAAAGAAACCAAUAUGUUUACUGUGGACAAGUAUCAGCAAAUAGGCUUUUUUCCAUCUGAGAAAGCAUUUGCAUUGAGGUACCAAACAGUUGGUAUGUUGGAAACUGUAUUACGAUUAGGAGUUCUCGGAGAAGACGACACCGGUGAAGAAUCACCUAGAAAUCUCAAAAUUCCCUCUCGCCGACCAUCUAUUGUAUGUGAGAAUUGCCUGUACUCUCUACAGAGAGAUAUGCGAGCAAGAGCCUUUCACAUUUUGGAGCCAAAAGGAACGGUUGAUAUGCUUAUCAUCUUCCUAGAGGAAAGAAGUGAGGGGUCUCAUCCUCAACUUGACAGUGCUGGGGACACGACGAAUAGGAUUACACCAUUUCUCGGUAAAUGGAAAGGUCAUUCCAUAACUAAACGAAGUGGUGUCUAUGGAUCUACAAUAUCCGAAGCUGAUACAGUUGUGAUACAUGAAAUGGAUGACAAUGGCCAACUCAUUCAGGAUGUUACUUCUACGUCUCACCCUGCAAAUGUGACUACCAAUGUUCCCUGGACUGGGAUAGUAUCAGACAAUUUAGUCACAUUUGAUGGAGGCUAUCAGAUGAUAGUAUUACCUGGUGGCAUGUACAUGGGAAGUCCUUGCGAUGUUUCAAAAAGUGUAGAACAAUCAAAAGCUUUCCAUUUGGAGUUCUGUUGGUUAGAGACACCUGACAAGAGGCAAAGACUGGUUCGGACAUUUGAUGUCGAAGGCCUGGCCGUCUCAUCUACUUAUUUUUAUGAGACAAAAUUGUGA